ACCCGAUUAGUUAUUAACCUCAAAUCACAACCAAUUCUUCUUCCACACGGAUGUUGAAUAGUAUAAUAUAAAACAAAUUGAAUAGCAUUGUCAUACUCACAUGUCACCCCCAGAAACGUACAUAAAUAUCAUCGUCCGUUCAUCCUCACUCUAAAUCAACAGCCACUCACUCUAGUAUCUUCUUUCAUCUUCUUUCUUUUACACACACUUAUACACACAGCCAUGGAGUUAGAUAUAUACUUCAAGAUUAUAGGAAGCUUGGCUUUGGCAUACGUUGUGGUGUUAGCAUGGAGACUACUCAACUGGAUUUGGAUCAGGCCCAAGAAGCUGGAAAAGAUUUUGAGAAAUCAGGGCUUUAAGGGAAACCCUUACAGGCUUUUGUAUGGCGACGUUAAAGAACUCGCUGCCGCUAGAAAAGAGGCCAGGUCCAAGCCCAUUAGCCUGUCUGACGAUAUUAUACCUCGCGUUACUCCAACUAUAUUUACUGCUAUUAGUAAACACGGCAAGAAGUCAUUUCUGUGGCUAGGGCCACGACCAGCGGUCUACAUCACAGACCCCAAUCUUAUAAAAGAGGCCUUAAAUAAGACCUCUAACUUCCAGAAGCCCAGGGGAGGUAAUCCUUUAUUUAAGUUGCUCGCAAAUGGACUAGCAAGUGCUGAGGGUGAGACGUGGGCCAAAAACCGGAAAAUUAUGAAUCCUGCUUUCCAUCUUGAGAAGUUAAAGGAUAUGCUGCCAGCCAUGUAUUUGAGUUGUAUUGAGAUCAUGAGCAAAUGGGAGAAAAUGGUUUCAACUGAGGGGCAAUGCGAGUUGGAUGUAUGGCCUGAUUUGGGAACUCUAACAGCUGAUGUCAUUUCACGUACAGCCUUUGGAAGUAGCUAUGCAGAAGGCAGACAAAUAUUUCAACUACAGAAAGAACAAGCAGAGCUGUUGAUGCAAGCUGCACAAACAUUGUACCUCCCAGGAAUGAGAUUUUUGCCAACCAAAAGAAUGAAAAGGAUGAAGCAGAUUGAGAGUGAGGUGAGAUCUGCACUGAGGUCUAUGAUUAACAAGCGGUUGUUGGCAAUGAAAGUAGAAGAGUAUAUUCAUGACGAUUUGUUGGGUUUAUUGUUGAAAUCAAGUUCUGAAGAAAUCAAAGAAAACAAAAAUAUGAAAUAUGGAAUGUCUGUGGAUGAGGUUAUCGAAGAGUGUAAGUUAUUCUAUUUUGCUGGACAAGAGACAACCUCAAAUCUACUUACGUGGGCUAUGAUUCUAUUGAGUCAGCAUUCAGAUUGGCAAGAGCGUGCCAGAGAAGAAGUUUUGCAGGUCUUUGGAAACGAUAAACCAGAUCUUGAUGGGUUGAAUCGCCUAAAACUUGUUAAUAUGAUUUUGCUUGAGAGUUUAAGAUUAUACCCACCCGCAAUUUUCCUAAGUCGUGCUGUAUAUCAAGAUGUCAAAUUAGGAGAGAUAUUUCUACCGGCUGGAGUAUCAGUGCAGCUACCUAUCAUCCUAAUGCAUCAUGACAAAGAAAUCUGGGGUGAUGAUGCUAAGGAAUUCAACCCGGAGAGAUUUUCUGAAGGCGUGUCAAAAGCAACAAAGGGAAAAGGAGUAUAUUUUCCAUUUGGCUUAGGUCCGCGAAUUUGCAUUGGACAAAAUUUUGCAAUGCUGGAAGCUAAAAUGGCACUAUCAAUGAUCUUACAACGCUUUUCUUUUGUGCUUUCCCCAUCCUAUAUACACGCUCCUUCCACCGUCCUAACUAUACAACCUCAACAUGGGGCAAACUUGAUUCUAAAAGCACUAUGAGAACCUGACAUGUGCGGGUAAUUGAUGUUUGAUUACAUGAAGAAAUAUAAGCCUGGAAUUGAGUAGCUUGUACUUUGCUGUGAAACUGUCUUUAUACUUCAUUAUCUGUAGCCUUGAGCGACUAUUCAGUAUAAAUAAUGGAAAAUAAAUCUUGUAGCAAUG